AUGGGUGCAAGUUCAACCAUGAAUCCUGUCCAUAAAGAUCUUCUGACAAUGAUCCUACAGUUCCUUAGGGACGAGGAUCUCAAAGACACUGCUCAUGCUCUUGAGCGAGAGACAGGAAUUUUCUUUGAUGCUAAGCAUUUUGAGAUUAUGGUGCUUCAAGGAAAAUUGGACGAAGCUGAGAGUUAUAUAUCUGGUUUUACUAAUGUGCAUGAGAACUUGGAUUCUACCAGGAUCUUUUUUGAACUAAGGAAACAAAAAUUUCUCGAGGCAUUAGACAGGCAAGACCGUCCCAAGGCCCUUGAAAUUCUCAUGAAGGAUUUCAAAGAUUUCUCGAACUAUAAUGAAAAGUUGCUCAUGGACGCCACCGUGCUUCUGACAAUGGAAGAUUUUAGGAAAUAUGGAGCACUUUGCCGAUAUGGAGAUGUGAAGAUAGAAAGGAUUUACAUGAUGGAUGCACUUAAGAAAUUUAUUUCAGAUAAUCCAGUUUUCAAAGGCAAAAUGCAUCCUCCUGCUGGCAGAAAUGCAGCCUUGCUUCGUCUCCUUGUGCGUGGAGAUAAUGAAGGAAGUGCUUCAAAGGCUAUGGAUCUAUCCUUCUCCAGUGGCUGUUAG